GUGUUUGUGUUUUGGUUCGUGAAGGAGCCGGCGGCUGGGCCUAAGGGGAGGAGGCAGAGGAGGGAGGAGGAGGAAGAAGUAGUUAGAACCCGAGCGCCGGCUACGGCGGAGGAGGAGAAAGGAAAGAGGAAGGCGGAGCGGUGAGAGGCGGAGACGGAGCCCGACCAGGGGCGGCACCAGCAGCGCGAGCCCCACACCGUCCAGUUUGAGGGGUGCGGCGCGAGGAGGAGACACCGUCGCUGCCAAAGCCACAUCCACAGCUUCAGUCUCGGUCUCGUCCUUCAGGCCGCGCCUGCGACCUACUGCCAGGAAGCCCCGUCUCCGCAGCCCCGCGCGCCGUGGUCCAGGUUACUAUCUCCAGAAAGAAAAAAAAUUGACACCCUCCAUCCUGGAAGUGCAGUUAAGAGGCUGAAAUUAGGGACUUCUUUCAAAUUUGGACAUGGCUAAUCGAGGAGCAACAAGACCCAAUGGGCCAAAUACUGGAAAUAAAAUAUGCCAGUUCAAAUUAGUACUUCUGGGAGAGUCUGCUGUUGGCAAAUCAAGCCUAGUGCUUCGUUUUGUGAAGGGCCAGUUUCAUGAAUUUCAAGAGAGUACCAUUGGGGCUGCUUUUCUAACCCAGACUGUGUGUCUUGAUGACACAACAGUAAAGUUUGAAAUAUGGGAUACAGCUGGUCAAGAACGAUACCAUAGCCUAGCACCCAUGUACUACAGAGGAGCACAAGCAGCCAUAGUUGUGUAUGAUAUCACAAAUGAGGAGUCCUUUGCAAGAGCAAAAAACUGGGUUAAGGAACUUCAGAGGCAAGCAAGUCCUAACAUCGUAAUAGCUUUAUCAGGAAACAAGGCUGACCUGGCAAAUAAAAGAGCUGUAGAUUUCCAGGAAGCACAGUCCUAUGCAGAUGACAACAGUUUAUUAUUCAUGGAGACAUCAGCUAAAACAUCAAUGAAUGUAAAUGAAAUAUUCAUGGCAAUAGCUAAAAAGUUGCCAAAGAAUGAACCACAGAAUCCAGGAGCCAAUUCUGCUAGAGGAAGAGGAGUAGACCUUACUGAACCUACGCAACCAACCAGGAGUCAGUGUUGUAGUAACUAAACCUUCAGUUUGAACUAGCUGGAAUAUUCUUCUGCUUCCUAAAUGUUAUAACAGUGGGAUUGGGCAUUUACCAAGCCCAGUAUGACUUCCAAAAAGAAGAGACUUAUGAUAGAGUCAAGGUUCUAAUACAGAAUUAUUUUAAGUGUUUCAAACUUAAUUUUUAAUAACAUGCAUGUAUCCCUUUGACUAAUGUUUCAGCAGUAGAAGGGGAAAUUGAGAGCUGUUAUGUAUACACGUGUUUUAUUGGAAGGUUAGGGGAAAUUGUUUCUCAUCACUAGGGAUAGACAAAUGGCUAUCUGGACCCACAGUUAACCCACCAGUUCCUCCAAAGUGGUAGAGUGGUAAUCUAUGAAAAAGAUUUGGAAUUUAUUAAUUUGGGUUUUUCAGAAAUAUUCUUUUUUUAGAAAGAGGUUCUUAAAGAUAUUUAUGCUUAGCUACCAUAUUCAGGAAAACAGUCAUUUCUCCUAGUGUCUAUAUUUAAAGUGUACAUUCCACAGUUUAAUAAAAAGGCCACAAGAAAGUCCACAUCUUCAGGGGAAAAAAUGAACAUUAAUGGUAUACUGUAUCUGAAUUGUAGCCAAUCCUGUUAUUUUUUUAAAUGGUAGUAAAAACCAAAUGUAACCCCAUCUUGUUUUAGGAGUAUGAAAACUCAUAUCUUAACGGAUAGUGUUCCCUGCAACAUGUGAGCUCUUCAACAAAAGUGAAACAAACCAGGUGUUUGUGAUUUCUGUUUAAUCACUGCUGGCCAUUUACACAGGGUGGUUUUGUUUGGGGACAGGGAGGGGGCUUGUUCCCUUUGGACACAAUAUAGUCAAUGCACUAACAAUUAUGUACAUUCAAACUUGAUUAUUUUAAAUUCGAUCUUCAAAUGUACUGUAAAUAGGAUACCACAUUGUAGUCUCCAUAUAUGUUUAAUACUUUUCUGUAAUAUUUAAGAGUUGCUUAAAAGUAUACAAAAUGUACAGUUACUAAAACAGCUAAUUAUUUCCUUCUCUCCCCUUUAAAAGGCUUCAGUUGUUCCUUUAUCACUAGAACCAUAAUAAACAAUGUAUCUGUAAUUUGUAAUAUAAGUAUUGCAGCCUUGUUUUCCAAAAUUCAUUUUAUUUUGAUCAGUUCAGUAUAUUGCACUAAUUCUUUUAGUUAUUUUCAUUAUAUGAAAUCUACCAUGUGUCAGAGAUGAUUUAAUCUAUUUAAGUGUUGAACUGCUAGCAGAAUUUGUACAUUUACAGUAAUUCAAAAUUAGUAAGGAAAACAGUUCACCAGUGUUUAUUAGUUUUCUAUUGAGGUUCUCAGGUUUGAAUAAAGUGGUAUAAACAGCAAGUAUUGGUUUUUCUCUUUCUUGGUAUAAGACAGUGAACAUAAAUGACAUUCUGUAACUUUUUAUUUACUUUUAUAUCCUCUUUACUAUAUUCUUAAAAAUGAUUUUCAUAAUACUAAUGUAUCAUCAUCCUAGUAUCUAGGUCAUUGAAGAAUUGUCCUUAUGGCAUUAUAUUUUCAUAUUCUGGAGGAUCAGAGCUUUAUUUUCUAUGUCAGAAAUUGAUAUUUGCUUCCAUUAAGAAGUAUUACCAUAACUGUAAUGUUGUCUCUAGAGCCAGCCGCUAAAGCAGCAUUUACAAGUUCUUGGCUAACAUACUCAGCUGCACCUUCAUAGAAAUUCUUAUUGCAUGAUUCUUUUUCUUUCUCACUUGAUUCUGUUGGCAUACCAUCUGCAGUGAAUGGUCCAUCAGUUUCUUUCGUACUGCAAGGAUCUUGUUUACUCAUUUCUGGUGGAAAUGUUUCUACAGAGUUAAAAAUGGAAUGUUCAAAAAAUUUUGAAUCAGAUAAAUUUUCUUUUGAAUUUAGAGCUGACAGACAUUCUUCAGAUCUAGGUUUAUACUGAAACAGUACAUGGAUAUCAGUUUCUGAUUUAGUGUUACUUGGUUCUUCACUGAGUGGGAAAAUUGGAGGCCCUGUGGAUGGUGAAGAUUUGUUUUGCAUGAUAGAGCAGUAUGUUUCUUUAUACAGAUGGAACAUUGUCAUUGCCAGAGAAAUAACUUCCUUGUUAUCCAGAACAUCCCAUAGUCCAUUAGUAGCUAAGAUAAGGAAUUGACAUAAGUCAUCUAUAGGGACAGAGAUAGUUUGAGGUGCUGGAAUAACGAGUUUUUUCAAUUUGGGAUUUCCAUGAAAUCCAAGUCCUCGUGUGAUUUUCAGUUCUCCUUCUAGAAAGAGUCCAUUUGAUUCAUUUGAACUAAUUAUUGCACCAUUCUUAAGUACUCUUUUUCUUUCAAUUAAGUUUUGUGUGGUAUGUUCUUUGGUUAGGCGAAAAUCCAUCCCAUUUCUGCAUAAGACUGCUUGUACAUUACCUAAAAAGUUAUUAAAAGAAGAAAAUAUGGUCCUAGAGAUUUUUAACAAUGAAUUGUAUCAAAAGUAUGCUAUUAACUUUACUAAUUCUCUAUUUCAAUGCAUAAAACAUAUGCCAUUUAAAAAUAUUUUUGAAAUAUGUAUAAUAUUGCUAUCACUGGAUGAUUUACAGUAAUUCCAGUUUCAAACUUGGAGGUCAAUUUAUCCUUUACUUUUAAGCACCUUAAUAUUUAAAAUACCGCAUUUAGAAUUAAAAUAACAAAAUAAUAAGCUACAGAUAAUGAAAAAUAAUUUUUAAUCAGUUUCUUUUAUGAAGCAGCAUCAGAAUAUUUUAGAGUCAAGAUGUUGAACUUUUUUUAUGAUAAUCAACAUAUACUCUAUGGAGAAAAUAUUUUUAAAUGUUUAAAUGCUUCUGCAAUUUCAAAUGCAAGCUUUGAUUUUUAAAAUGGAGCGUGAUGAUUUUGUAACUGGUAAAAGUUAAAAUAUGAACAGAUUUAGAUCAUGGGUGAUGAAAACAUUAGAAGGUCACUGUUAAUGCCAACCAUACUAGAUUCUGUAAUGUGUGGUUAAAAAAAAAAGUCAGUAAGCCCUGUAAAAAAGAAUUAUGUAUUGUUAAUGUAUAAAAU